AUCUCUGUGUUAAAUCAAUUCAGCUCUACUGGGCCUAGAGGAGCAACACUCACCAUGGAGUACAGGAUGACAGUGAUGUACAUAGAGAUCGUUUGCUUCAUGUCCUGCCUGUGUGGCUGGAUCUUGGUGUGUUCCACUAUUCCCACAGACUUCUGGAUGGUGUCCGAGGAUUCAGGAAGCGUGCUGAUGACAGCCGAUUUCUACCACAACCUGUGGAAAGACUGCAUGACAGAUGGCACAGGGGUUACUGUGUGCAAGGAUUACGCCUCCAUGAUGGCCCUGUCAGUGUACCUACAUGUCUGCAGAGCUCUCACGGUCUGCUCCGUCAUCACCGGCUUCUUUGGAGGUGUCCUCACACUCAUAGGGAUGAAAUGCACUAAAAUAGGCGGGUCAGAGACUGCCAGUGCAAGAGUGACCUUUGCAGCUGGUAUAACCUACCUGGUUUCAGCAUUCUGUGGAAUGAUUACCUACACAUGGUGGGCCAACAGAUCCAUAUCAGACUUUCUGAACCCAGCUUACCUGCAAUUGAAGUAUGAACUUGGAGCUGCGAUUUUCAUUGGCUGGGGAGGCUCGUUCCUUCUCCUCUUUGGAGGGAUGGUACUGAGUUACUUCUCUGGAAAAGAAUGUUUCCAGUCGAGGUAA